AUGAAAACGGAAAAAUUAUCCCUGAGCUAUGGACUCUCGAAAACCUUGUUGUCAAUCCAGAUGACUACGACUUACAACGAAAAAAUCUAUCAUGUUUUGACGUUUUUAGGGCCUAGAAUUGAUAUGACUUCCUUGACCGAUAGCGAACGGUUAGAACUUGCCAAAAUCCAACAAUAUGACAAAAUAUUGCACGAUAAAGCUUGGGAAGAGAUUUGUAUAGAGUUAGAGCAAGAAAAUAUUAGACCAACAACCCCAGAUAGAGAUCUCAUCAAUCAAAAAUUCAAGGAAAAAGCUGAACGAGAAGAGUUGAUGGCAAGUGGAAAGAGCAAUUUUGUCAAUGAAAUGCAAAGUAGACAACUCAAAGAGGAAGAAUUGUUUUACAGUACAAUAAUUGAACGUCACACACAAAAACACAACCCUCAUCCCUCAAACAGAUCUAAGGAUAUGGAAAGGUACACGUCAAAAUCGCGAAACAGUUCCACCAAUACCGGCCCAAAAACAUUAGCGUUCAAUCUUUCAAUAUCAUUGGUGGAUAUGUAA